UUGUUAGAAACAUAGACAAUUUUUACAUAUUUGGAUACAGAUACAAGCAAAUAUCUCCCCAAACCUCAAACAAAUACUAAAAUAGAAAAAGUGUUCAUUGCAAAAUAAAUUACUUCUAGGCGCUAUAUUUAUCGUUGUUUACAUAAAAAUAAAUAUUCAAUAAGUAUGCUAGCUAGUAUUUAAUUUUAACUCCAACAAAAUCAGUUACUUAGGUAACUAUACAACAUUGUAUACAACUAUUAUCCGAAAAAGAAUACCGGAAGUUGCAGUUUGCAGGACAGGAAGUAGGUCAAGUAGGUACGAACCAAAAGGAAUAGAGUUUGCACAAUGUUGCCCAGUGCAUUUUUGCAUUUUCUGGUUUGGCAUUUUCUAGUGGACUUUCUAAUACUUGGUCUUUGUUUCAGCUACAUUAUUUCAUUCAAAGUACGAAGAUUCAUAUACACAGAUAAAGGAGCAAUUCCGUCAUUAAAUGCAACAAGUGAGUUAUACUAUGCAGCGAAGAAGUACAUGAUACCAUCCAUUCAAAAACGCUGCACUAAGCAUAUGCAAUGCCAACUAACAGCACAAAAUGCGUGCUUUAUCUAUGAAUUUGCAACAUUGUUUGAAGAAAAUGGACUGUUGACAGCAUCUUUUAAGACAAUCACAAGAAGUACGAAAAAUGUCCUCAAAGCGAGUAGUUUUGAAGACGUGCAACUGUCUACAAUUGAGAUGAUUUUCUCUCUAAGCAGACUUGAAAUAGACAGUGAGUUGGAUCUGUUUGAAGCCGCUGAGAGAUAUGCUCGAGCUCACGGGCUGAAGCGGUUGGGGGACACUGGAGCUUCCAUAGAGGGUGCAAAGAAACCAAGGUUAAAUGAGGAUAUCUCAAUAGGUGAAGAUACAAAACAGAAAAGUAUAGAACAAACAAAAGAUGAUGGCCAACAGAAUUGUGAAAAAAUAAAGAACGCUCUAAGAAAAGCGUUAUCCCAUGUUCGCUUUCUGACGGUGUCAGCUGAUCAGUUCGCUAAAGUCGCAGCGAGGUCGUUGCUCCUGACAGAUGAGGAAGCCCUGGCGAUAAUGCUCGCACUGGUAGGGGAGGACGCGCCCCUGCCCGAGGGGUUGAGCAGGAGCCGGGAGCCCCGGAAUGUGACUGAUGAGAUGAUGAUGCUAGAGCCGAUGUCCUCGCAGCAGUGCGUGCACGAGGCGCAGUGCACGUUCUCGGUGUGCAACUUCAAGACGCGCAAGCGCAGCGUGCGCUCCGAGCCCUUCUACACCGGCGGCGCCGAGUGGCGGGUGCAGGUCGUGCCUGGUGUGGAGAGACGGAACGGUAUUGACGAGAAAACCCUGGGUGUGUUCCUGGAGUGCAACUCUUAUUCGUCGUGGCAGACCACCGUCACUUUGGAGGUCGAGUCUACUGUCAGGAGAGCUAUACGCACCUUCACCCAUCUCUUCACCGCCUCGUCCCCGGUGCAAGGCUACAAGAACCUGAUGCCGUGGCGCACGGCGUGCGAGCUGGGCGCGGGCUACCUGCGCGGCAACGCGCUCUACGUCACUGUCAGGGUGGCCGCCGAGCGCGCAGCCGCUGAACAAUGCAAAUAACGGGUUUACAUAUACUUAGGGUCCAAGUCACAUCUGUCAGCACACUCUUGCUACCUCACUGUGAGCACACGCUAUCGCCUCGUCGAUUCUUCCGCGUGCGGUCGCUUUCUCGCUCUAGCAAAUAAGAAAAGGAUAGAAGUAUAGGAAAGUGCGGUGAGGUACUGACAGAAGUGACAGAUGUGCUGACGUAAUGGAGUCAGGGAGUGCUCGCGGGCUGUCUUGUCACCCUCGUACGCAAAAACGAGAGGUAAAAACCGAGAUUUUUUGUCUAGUGUCCGGGAUGUGACAUUAAUAAACGAUUUUUUCGAUUUAAAUUUUCUCUUUAUGAGUUUCCAUAGGCAAUAAGUGCUAUAAAACAAAAAAAAUAACGAAACGAAUGUUCCUAAUGUGCCUGUAUUUAACUUUGUAACUGUCAAACAGUUGAAUAUGUUUUAAUUUUAAGAAAAUGUUUUAGAGUACAUAUAUUUGUCUUAUGAAGACUGAAAUGCAAGCUAGGUGUUGACUGAUUAUGAAUAAGAGUUUUUUAUUGUAAUAAGAAUAAUAUAGUACUUAAUUGUAAUUGGGUAGUUUCCUAAGUCAAAGAUACAUUAUGAAUGUCUUAUUAUUAAAUAAAAAUAGAUCUAAAGGUGACAAAAAACGUUU